CCCAACACUUCUCAGGAGUUUGGAAAGUAGAGAAAUAACUUGGGUCUCACAUUAAUAGGCUGUGUAGAAUUAAUUUGCAGAAGUGGCAUUGCUGUUUGCCACCUUUUCAGUUCAGUUAUAUAUAUAGUUCCUGCAAGAAGUUUGAAGACUGUCAAUAGUUCCUCCAGUAAUCUCAUGAUGAGGAAAAUGUUUCAAGGCACUUGAAAUAUUUGUUGAAGUUCCUUGAGUACAUAAAUAGGAUAUUUGAGACUCAUUUAAAAGGUGACAAGAAGUUCUGCAGAGGGUUCUAAAGAACCCCAAAAACUUUAUAAUUUUUACAGUAUACAAUAAUACUGCAUGAGAUUCAAUAGAGGAUCAAACAGCUAUAAAGCAAACAGCUAAAUUCCCUGCAGAUCAGUCCUGCGUUCCAAUCCAUUUUAAUUACCUCCAUUGGUUUUACCAGUUAUAUCACUGGUUAUAUCACAACAGCCAAACAAGAUGACCCAAAAACAAUGGUUGCAGAUCAACAGUCUGCAGACAUAACAUUCAUUAUUAUCAAUUAUAUCGAUCAAAAACCCAGAAUAUAUGAGCAUCAACCUUAUCUCAAUAAUGAUAAUAUCUUGAUUCCAUUGAUUCAUUACACCCCAAUGACCAACUUGAUGUAAGGACAUUAGAAACCAAAAUGCAAUUCAACUUUAGCCAGUCUGUGAGUUCACUGGGUUGAGGAUGCAAGUUAAUUGCUAAGAUAAAAAACACAAUGACACCAACUAACUGUCCAUGCCAAACUUUCUAGAUGUGUUACUAUGGCAUUAAGGAAUCUGUCAGUGAAAAGUUGGUUAAAAAUGCAGAGUAGAACAAUUGUUAUUACACUGUGGUUCAUUUGUAGAACAGCACGUGUUGCCUAAUCAUGUGCUUAAAGAAUCCAGGGGGUGUGGUGUAUAAUAAGCAUGGACAGGGCGGAUUAUCCCGGCAACAUGUCCGGAAGAUCACACAGAGGAUGAUCUUCCCUUUAAUCCCAACCUAUCCCCCACUUUUAACACUGUUGAAGACUUUAUAAAAGGCCAGUCAUUCUGAGUCCUGGCAGUCAGGCUGUUCAUUGAUCCAAAAGCACACAGUGCUAGAAGAAGACCUCUAGCUGCGCAACCAUGGAUGCAUGGGCCGUUCAGUUCGCGAAUCUCUCCAAAGUAAGCCCCUUUGAGGGCCCACAGUACCACUUGGCCCCCAAGUGGGCUUUCUACCUGCAGGCAGCAUUCAUGGGCUUUGUAUUUUUUGUGGGUACCCCUCUCAACGCAGUCGUCCUCUUUGUAACAAUGAAGUACAAGAAGCUCAGGCAGCCUCUCAACUACAUCCUGGUGAAUAUCUCUCUAGCAGGCUUCAUUUUCGACACAUUCUCGGUCAGCCAAGUAUUUGUGAGCGCUCUACGUGGUUAUUACUUUCUCGGGCACACGUUGUGUGCGCUGGAAGCAGCAAUGGGAGCAAUUGCAGGUCUUGUGACAGGAUGGUCCCUGGCUGUUCUGGCUUUCGAGAGAUACGUUGUCAUCUGCAAACCUUUCGGCAGCUUCAAGUUUGGACAAGGACAGGCUCUCGGAGCAGUAGCCUUCACCUGGUUCAUGGGAAUUGGCUGCGCCACUCCUCCCUUCUUUGGAUGGAGCAGAUACAUUCCCGAGGGUCUUGGCACUGCUUGUGGACCUGACUGGUACACAAAGAGUGUGGAGUACAACUCAGAGAGCUACACCUACUUCCUUAUUGUCACCUGCUUCUUCAUGCCAAUGACCAUCAUCAUCUUCUCCUACUCUCAGCUCCUGGGAGCCCUGCGCGCCGUUGCAGCUCAGCAGGCAGAGUCAGCCUCCACCCAGAAGGCAGAGAAGGAAGUGUCCAGGAUGGUCAUUGUGAUGGUGGGAUCUUUUGUGCUUUGCUAUGCCCCAUAUGCCGCCACUGCCAUGUGGUUCGCCAAUGCUGAUGAUUCAAACAAGGAUUACCGUAUGGUCGCUAUCCCUGCUUUCUUCUCAAAGAGCUCCUGUGUGUACAAUCCUCUAAUCUACGCCUUCAUGAACAAACAGUUCAAUGCCUGCAUCAUGGAGACUGUAUUUGGCAAAAAGAUUGAUGAGUCCUCAGAGGUUUCCAGCAAGACCGAAACCUCAUCUGUGGCUGCAUAAAUAUUUCCAAACUACAUUUACAAAUUAUCUGGACCUGUUUUCCUGUUUACCCCGAUUGUUCAAAUCCUCUACCUUUACACUCUGUCAAGGGCCAAGGGAUGCCAACAAGCCCCUUGUCCCAAAGUCACAGUCCGCUGGAUGGCCAACAGGGGCGCAACAUCCCACCAUCCUUUCUGUGCAUAACCGUCUAUUUUUUUUAAAUGUAAAACACUGCUAUUUCAUGUUAAAACAAUGCAUUAUGCAUUGAUGAUGCAGUAGAAUAUUAAAUUUUCAACCUGCAAAAGAAAAUAAAAAACAAAUAAUAAUGAGACAUCCUCUCAUGUUAAUAGACUUUUGCAAAGCUUUUAAUCUAACAACACUGGACAAGGACAUUCCUGAUUUUGUUUUACAAAAUACCCUACGGCUGUCCCAUUAGCCACAAUCCAUUUUCAAUAGUGGCCAUUUGUAUUCUAUUCUAUUCUAAAAUCCCAUGAAAUCCCAAUAAAAAGUGCUUGCUUUGAGAAAUAUUAAACAACAAUGCACAUUGGAAUUCACAGGAUUAGAGUAGAUUCUAAGCGCUUUACUCUCCUCUUCUGAAUCUUUAAAGUACUUAAUAAAGUUCAGCUUUCUGGUUGGCUUAUCCAAGAUAUAUAAGAUCACAAGGAAUUAUCCAUGUCCAUCCGCUCGCACACAGCUGAGGAAACGUUCACUGGAAGUUUGCUAAAAACAAACACAAAUGAUGACAAAUCGUGAGUGACAGCUUUUGUCCAAUUACUGGCACCAGGACAUCGGACCUCUAAUAUCUGUAUCUAUACUACCAUUGUACAUGUUCUAUUAUAAUUAGAGAUGCAGCAAACAUGAAUUUGUACAUGUGACCUGUUUUUAGAAUUAUUAAAGAUUUAUAUUGUUU